AAUAGGAGUCUUAUGGCAGUGCCUGCUGAUGAAGGACAGCUUAUAAGCAUGCUGAUUAAACUCAUGAAUGCAAAGAAGACAAUGGAGAUUGGUGUAUAUACUGGAUACUCUCUCCUAUCUACUGCUCUUGCUCUUCCCUCUGAUGGAAAGGUAUUGGCUUUCGACAUCAGUCGUGAAUACUAUGAGUUAGGAUUGCCGAUGAUUGAAAAAGCUGGAGUGCUUCACAAGAUUGAUUUUAGAGAAGGAUAUGCUCUCCAUUUUCUUGAUGAACUUCUUGAAGAUGAAAAUAACAAAGGAACAUUUGAUUUUGUUUUUGUGGAUGCUGAUAAGAAUAACUACAUAAACUAUCACAAGAAUGUAAUUGAUCUUGUUAAAGUUGGGGGAUUGAUUGGAUAUGAUAACACCUUAUGGAGUGGGUCAGUGGCGGUUCCGCCUGAUGCACCUAUGAUAGAUAUCAUUAGGAAUUUACGUGAUUAUGUGAUUGAACUCAACAAGUAUCUAGCUCAAGAUUCAAGGAUUGAGAUUUGUCAACUCUCUGUAGGAGAUGGAAUCACGCUUUGUCGUCGUAUCAACUGACUCGUCAUUCGUAGUCAUUUGCUUGCUUUGAAUUUUUGAAUUUUUAAUAUUUAUAAGCAUUUGCAAUUUUAAUGUAAGUUUGGCUCCUCUUGUUGUGUAUUGUUGUUAUCUCUGUACU